GGCACAUCAUCAUCCUCACUCCGCGCGGGCCCAAGCCCAAAUACUCCCCCCGACCCUCCCCUCCCCUCCCCUCACCUCUCGCCACAAACCCUAACCCUAGCCCCCGCCCCCCCGCCGCCCCAAGCUUCGCCGCGCCGGCGGCCCCUCCCGUCCGAGGUACACCAGCGCGCCCUUGGUCCGGGGAUAGGCGCGCUCCGUGAUGGACGGGCUCGGCAACUCUGCGCUGAACGGCGCGGAGGCGGUGAUGAAGAGGCGUAGGAGCGUCGCGUCCAGGAGGCCGAGGCCCAAGGAGCAGCUCGCUUCCGAGUACAAGGACAUAUCAUGUGCGCCGUCGUCGCGGAACAUUUCCCCCGAAGACGAGUCCGCCGCCGAGGCCAGUGGGCACCGGCGGAAGGAGCUGUACCUCAAUGGCCCUGAAGGCAGGGGCUCCAUGCAACAUAGGAAUGCCCUGUCCAAGAAGAUAAAGAGAGAGGAGGGUUCUGCAGGGGAGAAUGAUAUUGGCCACAGUCGAAGCAGCAAGCCCAACGCUCAAGGUGUUCUUGCACUGGGCUGCUCAAGAAACCCUGGAUCCUCUGAUGCCUCGCAGUUGCCCUCAAGAGACACCCCUGUGCCAGUGGAAAAUAGGGUGAGAAAAGUUAAGCUCAAGGUUAGCGGACUUAACCGAAUCAUACCGAAGCAAGAGCCUGUUGACGUCGCCAUGCCUGGCACAUCGGAUGUCUCUUUCCAUCGCCAAAAGCAGAAGGAUUCUGGUGAGCAGAAACAUCACAGCACAAGAAAGGAUGGUCAUGGUAAUCACGCUGAUGGAAAACGUGGAGAUAAGCAUGACAUUUCACCAUCUUCUGAACUGAUUCGCAAAAGCAAAAGGGUCCCUAAGAAGCGAACUCUUGAUUCUGAUGAUGAAGAUCGUGAAUUACGUUAUCUUGAAAAACUUAAAGUGGCUAAAGUUGCACCAGAACAGCCCAUGUCUACUGACCAUCCUCUAGCUUAUGGCGAGGAUGGUCUCAGGAAAAAGAAGCUAACCAAGGUUUCUAAAAAUAAGAGCACUCCAUAUGAAGUGGACAACGACUUCACUAUGUCACAAUUUGGCAGAGAUGCUAGGAAGAAGGUGAAACUGGAGGAUACCAAUGAUUUUAUCGUAGAGGAGGAGUUUAGGUUGGAUGAGCCUGAUAGAUUAAUUGAAGCUGAGUCACCUUCGGGUGUAAAGUUUGAAGCUUCUGGCCUAACAACAAGGCAGCGAGCACUUCAAGGCAGGGGUGGCCAUGGUGAAAGCGUGAUUGAAUUUCCCGAUGGGUUACCAGCUGCUCCAUCAUCUAGAAGGCAAAAGGAUAAGCUUUCAGAAGUGGAGAUACAAGCCAAAAAAGCAGAAGUGGCUCAAAGGCGUAAGAUGCAAGUAGAGAAGGCAGAGAGAGAGCAACAGGCUGAAGCAAUGAGGAAAAUACUGGGGAUUGACACCGAGAAGAAGAAGGAAGAGAAGAAGCAGAAAGAACGUGAAGACAAGGAAAAGCAAGCAAAGUUCGAGGAAUAUAAAAGAAGCUGCAUCCAGUGCGUAAUGCGACCAGAAGGAACAGUUGUUACAUUCCCUGAUACCAUGGGCCUUCCUAGCAUAUUUAGCUCCAAACCUAUCAGCUAUCCACCUCCAAGGGAGAAGUGCGCGGGCCCCUCGUGCCCAAACCCUUACAAGUACCGUGACUCCAAGACGAAGCUUCCCCUAUGCAGCCUGGAGUGCUACAAGGCCGUCCAGGGAGGCGCCGGGACGAUGGCGUGCUGAUGCUACAGAGUUGAUGGCAGACAUGGAGGAGCUGGAGAACUGCAUCUCACCCAAUGCCCUGCCUGUUUGUCGUUUUUGUGAUGCCUUUGCUAGUCCAAGGAUUGAAAACCGAUGGACGACAGAUGAUGUUGAGGCUCCUGCUGCUGGUUUUCCUUUUUUGGCUCUCGUGGAUGUAUGUAGUUGCUGGGCCGUGCAAAAGAGUAUGGUUUAUGUGUUAGUAUGUGGCAAGUGGAGGAUCAGCCUUGAAUUAUGUACAGUGUUGGUCGGGCUUGACGCUAAGGCUUAAGCCAGGAUGGGAUGAGUUGAGUUGUCGGGCUUGACGCUAAAGCAUAUGCGAUGAGUUGAGUUCGGUUGUCGUCGAGCACUAUUUUCUUGUUGUAGCCAGUCUUGGAACCCGUUUCUGUAGACUAUGCAGUAAUGGAAGAUAGACCUGCAUCCUCUGUUGUGCAGAUUGUGGUGGAACCUUUUUAUAGAUGAAUUGUGCUGGAGCCUGGUAA